AUUGAAAAAGAUAAUAAUACUUAAUUUCAGGACAAAUAUUAUUAACAAUUAAUGCGAAAUAAUAAAAAUAUUAGUCUUCCAAAUGUUUCAAAUGUAAGUACAUUCAGUGAGCUUCAGAGAUCAUCUUUGUAUGUUUGUUAAUCAGUGAGUACUAAACAAUUAUGUAAGUUUUUUUUCUCGUUUGCUGAAGUAGCUGUCGCAAAAAAUAGUCAUCUAUAUAAACUAUCUCAAAAUUCAAGAUUUUUCUGUUUUUUCCGCGAUAGCAAACGCCUUGUUAUCUACGCUCAAUCGAAUUAUUGUCACCGAAAUCUGGCGAUGAGUGAUAAGUGCAAUACAAGUAACUCACUGAUCGAUGUGUCGCCGUUGCCCCUCGUUCCCCUCUGCUUCCGGAGUGUCCCUUUCCUUCCUUCUGCUGCAGCAUCCUUGGUUGCCCCAUAUUAUCACCGACACCCGCGUAGCACCGUGUACAUCGCCGUAGCCGUAUGCAACCGACCGAACUCUUAGGUUAGGUUAGGUUAGGUUGGGUUAUCGCGACGCCGGCGUACGAAUUUUACAAGACGAAAUACACGCAGGAUUGCUCGACUGAAUUCUCACCAAGUAUCUCAGUUCCGUGGGCAGAUAAUGUCGAGCAGGUUGAGUUGUAUUAUGUAUUUCGCGAUCGCGUAUCUUUUCAUCCGUCGUGGACGAGUAUCGUAAUUGCCUUUGUAUGUUCUUUAAUUUGCGUGAGUAUGAAAAAAUGGAGCAACGCCGCGCGUGAAGAGCGCGCGAAGCCUCAGUGCCGUGAAGUACGCCGCGUUCGUCACUCGCGUUGUUGGCGUGACGCGAUCGUGUUGCGGUUUAGUUCACAGUGUCCGUUGUCGCUCGUUGGUCCGGAGGUGGUCCAGCGUUCUUGUUUCAUCGAUAAACAUAUAAGUAAAAGUUAAUUGAGCAGAUUCUCUCAAGAGCAGAACUGGAGCCCUGCUCGUGUUUACGUCACGGUCGAUAGAAAAACACCUCCCAUCCCGCCCGCACCGAGGUGAUCUUCGCAAGUGCCGUUCAGCUAUUCCCCGAAUUUUCAACAAGCAUCUCAGUCCCGUUGGCAGGCAACAUCGGGCACGUCCGACGGCGUACGGCGACGUAUACGGCGGGCGUUAGUGAUAAAUACGAGUGCAUCCAAGGACACAUGCUGCAGCAGAAGGAAGGAAAGAGUCACUCCGGAAGCAGAGGGGAACGGGGCAACGGCGACACGUCGGCCGACGGCGUACGGCGACGUAUACGGCGGGCGUUAGUGAUAAUACGAGUGCAUCUAAGGACACAUGCUGCAGCAGAAGGAAGGAAAGGGUCACUCCGGAAGCAGAGGGGAACGGGGCAACGGUGACACGUCGGCCGGCGUACGGCGACAUAUACGGCGGGUGUUAGUGAUAAUACGAGUGCACCCAAGGAUACAUGCUGCAGCAGAAGGAAGGAAAGAGUUACCCCAGAAGCAGAGGGGAACGGGACAACGGCGACACGUCAGCCGACGGCGUACGGCGACGUAUAUGGCGGGCGUUAGUGAUAAUACAAGUGCAUCUAAGGACACAUGCUGCAGCAGAAGGAAGGAAAGGGUCACUCCGGAAGUAGAGGGGAACGGGGCAACGGUGACACGUCGGCCGACGGCGUACGGCGACGUAUACGGCGGGUGUUAGUGAUAAUACGAGUGCACCCAAGGAUACAUGCUGCAGCAGAAGGAAGGAAAGGGUCACUCCGGAAGCAGAGGGGAACGGGACAACGGUGACACGUCGGCCGGUAAGUUACUUGUUGCAUUAUCACUGAUUGUCAUAUUUCGAUGACAAUAAUUCGAUCGAAUGUAGAUAACAAGGUGUUUGCUAUCGGAAAAAAAAACGGUAAAAUCUUGAAUUUUGAGACGUCUAUACAGAUGAUUAUUUUUCGCGACAGCUACUUUAGCAAUAAAAAAAAUCGACAUAAAUAUUUAGUACUCUAUUGUGGCUGUAUCACUUUUAUAGAAUAAUUUUUAGAGCAUUAAUUUUUUAUCCUUGAAAAUUAUUGAUUUUUUAU